CUGAGGCAAAUUUCCAUCCACAUAAUCUCAGGUCUUCAACCCUAAAAACAGCCAGACAGUAGGAGUUGCCUAUUAAUAGCUCUGUUCUUUCCUGCUGCUGCUCUUUGGAACCAAAUAGGCCAACAUGGAGAACGCUGCAGCGGCUUAUGGCUAGUCAACAAUUUUCCGCUUAACACAUGGAGCUACAUGGAGCACUCAGCUCUGUUCCAAGCUAGUCUGUGGCCCAUGCUGUGAGGUAACUCCCGGUGAAGUGUUAAGAGGACCAAAGCCAAGAUUAUCCCCCGAGAUUGGCUGAUUAGCCCGUCGGCUGGCCAAUCAGUGCAUGGCUACGUGGAUAUGCGUGAUACAGCGUUUUUUGUGUGCGAUUUCUUUGAGACAUUCGCCAGCUUACACACGUUACUAUGAUCAGCCGAGAGAAGAAGCAGGGAACACGAGACCAGAGCCAUUUGAUGGAAGAAAAGAAAAAGAGAAAGCAAGAAGAAAAGAAAAAGAAGGAAGCUGCUCAGAAAAAGGUCACUGAACAGAAAACCAAAGUGCCAGACUCAGCCAAGCACAGCCCCACCCCUCCUCCCCCCGCCAACCCCAGUGCCACCCCGCCUGUGCCCCCCACCAGCAGCAGUGGCAGUAAUGGCAAGCGCCCUCUCCAGUGCCCAGCAGCAGUCCCAGCCCUCGCCCGCCCAACAGCGUUACCCGCCAAGAGAGAUCCCUCCGCGCUUCCGCCAGCAGGAGCACAAGCAGCUGCUGAAGAGGGGUCAGCCGCUGCCCCCUGGGACCCUUCCAACUGUACCAGGACGCCCCGAACCUGA